CGCAACACGAGGAAACCAGAGUUUCCCCAUUUUUUAUUACGAGUUGGAGGGCCAUUCAAAUAGAUUUUCUUUGCAUUCACAAGCUCGUAUUUCCGACAUAUCAUGAACGCGGUUUCAUCGUAAUAACGACUCCUCUCCGGCUUGCCUUUAUCAGACCACCGACGUCACGGUCGCGUCAAACACCGGUAGAUGCGAAUUGCAAACGUACAACCAGUUCUCAAACCCAUCGGUCGCAGGUAGAGAAAAAGGAAACCCACUUCAACCUAGACGUUCCUAUUAUGGCUUCCCGGUCUUGGUUUAUCGCUGGUAGCGCUCUCCUCCUCUCUUUUCGGCUGGCAUUCGGGUCGAAGGGACCACAUCCAUGCACAGAGACAGACUACUACUAUGAAUAUACAGAGUGUGACAGUACAGGGUCGCGAUGGCGAGUAGCAAUCCCUCAGAGCCAUGGAUCCUGCAUCGGACUGCCCGAGCCUGUACGAGGGACAGAGUGCACAUUUUCCUGUGAGGUGGGGGAGUUUCUGGAGAUGUCUGCCCAGGAGUGUACUCAGUGUGCAGCAGGUACCUACUCUCUGGGCAGCGGUAUUCGAUUUGAUGACUGGGAAACCAUCCCCAGCGGGUUCAGCUCCCUAGCAACUUACCUCGACAAUGGUCCCCAUGGAGACGACAGCACUACCUGCAACAGUUCGACGUGGUUUCCGCAGGGUAGUUACCUGGAGUCUAACAGAGAUGAGUGUACUGUCUCUCUGAUCUAUGCUGUCCAUCUGAAGAAACCGGGAUCAGUCUCCUUUGACUACCAGUACCCAGACGGCAACCUCUUCUUCGAGUUCUUUAUCCAGAAUGACCAGUGUCAGGAGAUGGACCAGACUGCUGAUAAGAAGUGGCUCAAGCUUACCAGUCACGGGGAGUGGGCCACACACACUGUGAAUCUGAAGUCGGGCACUAACAUCUUGUACUGGAGGACAGCAGGGAUCCUGAUUGGAGCUAAAGUAGUCAAACCUGUUCUGCUGAAGAACGUCCACAUAGAGGGAGUGGCGUAUGCGUCAGAGUGUUUCCCGUGUAAACCAGGGACGUUCAGUCAAACCCCAGGCUCCUCCUCAUGUCAGCCCUGUCCCAGAGACACCCACUCUGGCCACGGAGCCAGCUCCUGUACCCACUGCAACACCACCACACUCUAUGCACCGGAGGGGUCAGCUGAGUGCAAAGCAAGACCACCAUGUUCCAAGAAGGAUUACUUUCAGAUCCACACCCCCUGUGAUCUUGAGGGCAAGACGCAGGUGACCUACAGGUGGGUGGAGCCUCAGAUCUGUCUGGUGGAUGUGGUUGGGGCUGAAACACUGCCCCCCUCUGGUGAACGUGAGCCCUGCCCCCCGUGCAACCCCGGUUUCUAUAACAACGACACUGCUACCUGCUCUCCCUGCCCCCCCGGGACAUUCUCUGAUGGGGUCAAAGCGUGUGAGUCGUGUCCUGCGGGUACUGAGCCUGCUGUAGGUUAUCAGUAUAAGUGGUGGAACGUCCUUCCAGCCAGCAUGAAGACAUCCUGCUUCAAUGUGGGAAACUCCAAGUGUGACGGCAUGAAUGGUUGGGAGGUGGCGGGGGAUCAUAUCCGUAGUGGAGCAGGGGGCUCUGAUAACGACUACCUCAUCCUCAACCUCCAUGUACCUGGCUUUAAGCCUCCUACAUCAGCAACAGGUGGUGCGGGGACAGAGUUUGGCCGUAUCAGCUUUGAGUUUGAGAUGGUGUGUUCAGCUGACUGUGAGCUGUACUUUAUGAUGGAUGUAAACAGGAAGAGUACGAGGGUGGUGGCGUCAUGGGAGGGCAGUAAGGUCAGACAGUCCUACACACACAUUAUGACCAAGAACGCCUCUGUGUCAUAUACCUGGGCCUUCCAGAGGACCAACCAGGCCUCUGACGUGCGUCAGAAUGUGAACAACGUGGUGCGUAUCUACUCCAUCUCGGUGAGUAACGCUGUAGACGGUGUGUCGUCGGAGUGUCAGACCUGUGCCCUCCUCUCCCAGCCCUCCGGCUCGCUGUGUGUGCCCUGCCCUCCAGGACAUUACAUACACACCAGCCAGUGCACCGAGUGCCCCCCCAACACACACCUCACCUCACACAGCACCCUGGGCCCAGAGGCCUGCAAACCCUGUGGACCAUCCAGCAAGAGCAACAAGGAGCACAGCAGGUGCUACAGUGACUGUGUGUUCUCCUACUCUGAGAACAACGUGUCUCUGAGUUAUGACUACAGUUCCCUGGGCUCUGUUGGAACACUGAUGAACGGACCCAGUUUUACCACCAAAGGAACCAAAUACUACCACCUUUUCAACAUCAGCCUCUGUGGAGAAGAGGGUAGAAGGGCUGUGUGUACAGACAACGUGACUGACCUUUCCAGCGCCGAUUCUCAGAAAGAGGCAGGGGAACCAGCCAAUGCGGUGGAGACUUUAAUCUGUCAAUCAACCAUUAUCCCCUCCAGUGGGCGGGGCUUCCACACAGCACUAUCCUCUCAGUCCAUCAGCCUAGCAGACACCUUCCUGGGAGCGACAGUGGCCUUGACUCUGGAUGGAGUCAAGGCAAGACCAGACCUGUUCCCACAGACCACCAACAAAGUCCCUGACGUGAACUUCUUCUACCGUUCUCUGGAGGUGACCUCGUCAUGUGAUAAAGGUCGUAACGUGGUGGUGACGCUUCGCUGUAACCCGGAUAGAAGCACACAAGGAGAACUCACAGUACCCAGUCAGUGUCCGGCGGGGACGUGUGAUGGCUGUACCUUCCACUUCCUGUGGGAGAGCUCGGGGGCGUGUCCUCAGUGCACAUCCACAAACUACCACCAGAUAGAGGGAGCCUGCAAGGGAGGACUACAGGACACUCUGUAUGUGUGGACUGAGCCAAAGCGGUGUGUAGGAGGGGUGUCCCUCCCGGAGAAGAAGACCUGGCCGUGUGAGAGCAUGGACUUCUUGGUAAAGAUGGGGGCGACGAUAGGCGCCUUCACCGCCGCACUGCUCUUCUCCAUCACCUGCUAUUUCUGGAAGAAGAACAAGAGGCUGGAGUUUAAGUACUCGAAGCUGGUAAUGUCGUCCAAUAAGGAGUGUGAACUGCCGGGGGCAGACAGCUGUGCCGUGAUGGAGGGAGAGGAGAACGAGGGAGAGAUGGAGGAUGAGGUGAUCUACUCCAAAAAAACAUCCCUGAUACGCAAACUCAAAGCCAUCGCAUCUAGGGGAAACGGGAGAAGCUAUGAAAAUGUCCAGUUGAACUCCUCACAGUCAAACGGGUUGGUGUGGGGGUGAAGAAAGAGGAGAGAGACCAACCUAACGUGUCUCUGUAUAUUUCAUCCACAGGGAAACGGGAGAAGCUAUGAAAAUGUCCAGUUGAACUCCUCACAGUCAAACGGGUUGGUGUGGGGGUGAAGAAAGAGGAGAGAGACCAACCCCCCCCCCCCCCCCCCCCCCCCCCCAGAGAGACUUCUUCAACAUAUCUCCAUGUUGAGGGUUUGAACCCUUAACACACACACUCAGAACAUAUAGACACAUGCAGAGUACACACACCCAGAAUGCAUGCUCACCGACACAAACACAUGUGAGAGGACAUUACACCCAUCUGGCCUUAUCCCUGGAAUGGUGUGUGUGUAUGGGUGGAUUGCUGGAAUAUUAAAAGUGCGUGUAUGGUUGGGUAUACGGGUGGUGUGUCGGGUCUGCUUAGGUAAAGAAGAGGACCUAUAUGUGGGAUGUUUUUAGUGCUGUUUUCCAUCACCCUGUUGUCAGGUUGCUUUGGCGGCCAUGUUGUUUUCCCUCAGGUGUUUUGUCCUCUGAGACCAACCUCACAUCAACCCUUAGGCUCCUUCUCAAUAAGAGGAAAGAAACGGUGUUCCAUAGUGCCCUCUGAAAGGCUGGGUGGGAUUUUUGGAUGUUGGCACCUGUCCAAUCCUUUGAGAUCUACAGAAGUCCACACAUAGCCCUAAAUACCCGGCACACACACACCCUAUUACAGUCUCAUCUUAGUCUGACCUGCACCACCCUUUACCCAUUUGUUCUGUCUGUAGGCUUUGGGUUACCAUGGUGAUGGUGGAAUGUCCUUCACUCUCUUAGUCCAAUCAGGGGUGGCGAUGUUACAUUAUCCAUAUGAUGAUACGAUAUGAUGCUGACUGCCUUUCUGUUAUUUAAAGUGAAAUAAACUAUAUUGUAUUUGUGUACA